GCUGUGAGUUUGGGGAGCAGUGACAGUCGGGCCGGCAUGGAGGGGAGCGGGGAGAGCGGCCACAAGCAGGGUGGCGGUAAAGUAAAGAAGCCAGAGUCUCACCAUGCCAAGGAGCUGAGUAAGGAGGAGAAGCUUCGGCUGCGCAAAGAGAAGAAACAGCAGAAGAAGAACAGGGAAAAAAGUUCCUCAGAGCCGGGCAAGGAGCCCCCAGUGACAGAUGCUCCGCCUAUUGCCCCUAAUGCCACCUCUCCGGGCUCUCUGCCCCACGUCCCUGCCCCAGCAGGAGGGGAGCUGCCCACGGACAGGGCAGAUACAGGAGGAGAGGCUAAAGCUGAGGCAAAGGGCAAGCCUGGGGCAGGAGCGGAGGGAUCUGCGGGGGGAGGAAAGAGCAAAGCUGAGCUUCGGGCGGAGAGAAGAGCAAAGCAGGAGGCGGAGCGGGCACAGAAACUGCAGAAGAAAACUGAGCAGAGCGCGGGGCCCGGGCAGGGCAAAGCCAAGGCUGUUUCCAUAGAGGGACAGACAGUAAAGCGACUGCCGGAACACAUUCAGGUGGACGACCCAGCAGCGCAGAGGAAACUGGCAAAGAAACUGGAGCGGCAGCAGGUCCCGCUCCGGCCGGACUAUGGCACCAAGGUCAGUCUGUUCUCCCACCUGCACCAGUACAGCCGCAAGUUGCCCCUCACCCAGCAGAUGAGUAUUCCUUCCUCUGCGAUACACCCAGGGGUGAUACGGCUCGGCCUGCAGUACUCCCACGGCAUCAUCAGCGGCUCCAACUCCCGCUGUAUUGCUUUACUGCACUGCUUCAAACAGGUUAUCCGGGAUUAUACUACCCCCCAGCAGGAGGAGCUCUCCCGGGAUCUUGUCAAUAAACUGAAACCUUUUAUUAGUUUCCUAAAUCAGUGUCGCCCCCUGUCAGCCAGUAUGGGAAAUGCCAUCAAAUACAUAAAGAAAGAAAUCUCCAAUAUCAGCCAAUCAAAAGGAGAGGAAGAGGCCAAGUCCUACCUCCUCUCCUGCAUAGACAGCUUCAUCCACGAGAAGAUCUUCCUGGCAGCGGCGGCCAUCUCUAAAUCUGCCGCAGAGAAAAUCAGCGAGGAAGAUGUCAUUCUGGUGUAUGGGUGCUCCUCCCUGGUGACCUGCACCCUCCAAGAAGCUCACAGGAAUGGGAAGAAGUUCCGGGUCAUUGUGGCCGACAGCCGCCCGCGGUUGGAGGGACGGGAGACACUGAGGCGCCUUGUGAAGUGCGGAAUCCAUUGCACCUACAUCAUGAUCCCCGCCAUCUCCUACAUCCUCCCAGAGGUCUCCAAGGUGUUCCUAGGGGCACAUGCCCUCCUGGCUAAUGGCUAUGUGAUGUCCCGUGUGGGCACCUCUCAGAUUGCCCUGGUAGCCAAAGCCCACAAUGUGCCGGUUCUGGUUUGCUGCGAGACCUACAAGUUCUGUGAGAAAGUUCAGACUGACUCCUUUGUGUCCAAUGAGCUGGAUGACCCGGACGAGCUGAUCCUGAGCAGGAAGGGGCGGUGCCCCCUAAGGAACUGGCAGAAGAACCCAUCCCUGCGGCUGCUGAAUCUCGUGUACGACGUGACCCCCCCAGACCUGGUGGAUUUGGUUAUCACAGACAUUGGCAUGAUCCCUUGUACUUCCGUGCCAGUCGUGCUGCGCGUCAAGAGUGGGGAGCAGUAGGUGCCCGGGGUGGGGAAGGAGUAGGUGCCAGGGGCAGGAGAGGGGAGCAGUAGGUGCCCGGGGUGGGAGAGGAGAGCAGUAGGUGCCCGGGGUGGGAGAGGAGAGCAGUAGGUGCCCGGGCGGGAGAGGGGAGCAGUAGGUGCCCGGGGCAGGAGAGGGGAGCAGUAGGUGCCGGGGAGGGGGAAGCAGUAGGUGCCCGGGGCAGGGGAAGUAUUAGGUGCCCGGGCGGGGGAGGGGAACAGUAGGUGCCUGGGGCGGGGGAAGGUAUAGGUGCCCAGGGCAGGGAGCCACAAAUCUACAAUGUCGAAUAAAACCCAAAAAAACCUUC